ACCUGCCCGGAGUUUUCAUUCAAAACCGGACGAGCGUGAACGCUGAGAAGACGAAGUUUCGAUAAGUCUCACGAAUACUCGCCGCGACACGUGCGUAAGAAGUAAAUACGAUAUUUCUGUAUAUUAAUAAAUAUUGUCCAAAUAAUUUGAGUCAAUAUGAAGAUGUAUCGGCGCACUGCACCAGCGAAUCGAACACCAACGAAGGCGGAAAGAAUGACAACAAUUAGUUUCCAUUUGGUGAUAUUAGUAGCAGUAUGGGUUUGCUAUAAAAACGCCCUGGACUGUGAUUUUGUAUUUGAUGAUAUGUCAGCAAUUCGUGACAACCAAGAUUUAAGACCGACAACACCUUUAUCUAAUUUACUUCUAAACGAUUUCUGGGGAACGCCAAUUAGGAAAGAACAGAGCCAUAAGUCUUACCGUCCUCUUUGUGUAUUGACGUAUCGAAUAAAUUAUUACAUCCAUAAACUACAGCCCUUCGGAUACCACCUCACAAAUAUUGCUCUUCACUGUUUAGUCUGUUUACUAUACAUGAAGGUUUGUUGCAUGUUUGUUUCUAAAUCUACUGCAUUUGUUGCUGCAUUGUUGUUUGCAACGCAUCCCGUCCACACGGAAGCAGUGACUGGGGUCGUUGGCAGAGCUGAAAUAUUAUCGUCGUUAUUUUUCUUGUUAGCUUUUAUUUGUUACAGUAAAGCAGCCACACCAGUUACAGAUUGGACAUUUUUUGCUUGGUGUCUUCUGUGUGUAGCAAUGGCAACAUUUUCAAAAGAGCAAGGAAUCACUGUUGUAGGAGUCUGUUGUAUUUAUGAUAUUUUUAUUUUACAUAAGUUAAGGAUUCCAGAAUUGUUGCAGAUAGUGAUGAAUACCAAGAAAAUUGUUUACAUCAAAGAAGCUGGAGUAAGAAUGUCAGCUUUGGCGAUAUUUGCUUUGGUUUUGCUACUGCUUCGUUUAAAUGUUAUGGGAUCUCAAUUGCCGGUCUUUACAAAAUUCGAUAACCCAGCUGCCGCAGCAAAUACGCCCACCCGGCAAUUAACCAUGCAUUACCUGAUAGCUCUCAACAGUUGGCUCAUUUGUUUCCCAUGUGAUCUGUGUUGUGAUUGGACCAUGGGGACAGUGCCCCUUAUCACAUCGAUUUGGGAUCAUAGAAACUUAUCUACUCUGACAUUUUACACGGCAUUUGGAACAUUACUUUGGAUAAGCGUUUGGGAUUAUGAUUUUCGAUCAAAGACGAUACUUAUGAGCUUAGCACUUUUGGCUUUUCCUUUUCUACCUGCAUCGAAUUUAUUUUUUCCAGUGGGAUUUGUGAUCGCAGAAAGAGUUCUUUAUACCCCAAGCAUGGGAUUUUGUCUCAUAGUUUCUUACGGAUGGAAUCUUCUUCAAUACCGCACAAAAUUGAAAUCGAUGGCAUGGUGCUUAGUGGCUUUUAUUGUUCUGGUGUUUGUUGCAAAAACCAUCCACCGAAAUUUUGAUUGGCAGAAUGAAUACACAAUAUUUAUGGCUGGUUUAAAAGUGAAUCAAAGAAAUGCCAAGUUGUACAACAAUGUUGGGCACUCACUCGAAAGUCAAGGAAAAUAUCGCGAAGCUUUGGAAUAUUUCAGUGUAGCUGUAAAAAUUCAGCCAGAUGACAUUGGAGCACAUAUAAACGUUGGGAGAACAUAUCACCAUUUACUUAUGUAUGAAGAUGCGGAGAAGGCUUUUAGAAAGGCAAAAGACUUAUUACCACGUCCUAAAACAGGUGAAUCUUAUCAAACCCGCAUUGCUCCAAGCCACCUGAAUGUUUUCUUAAAUCUUGGCAAUUUGAUAUCUAGAAACAUUUCAAGGUUAGAAGAAGCUGAUGAAUUAUAUAAACAAGCCAUAAGUAUGAGAGUGGAUUAUAUACAGGCUUACAUUAAUCGAGGUGAUAUUUUACUCCGUUUAAACAGAACUCAAGAAGCUCAAAAAGUAUACGAACAAGCUCUUCAUUUCGAUAAAAAAGAUCCAGAUAUUUAUUAUAAUUUAGGUGUUGUUUUUCUUGAACAAAAGAAAAUGGAUCAAGCUCUUUUCUAUUUUGAUAAAGCACUGAAAUUGAAUCCGGAACAUGAGCAAGCAUUGUUAAAUUCAGCAAUACUUAUACAAGAAAAUGGAAUCAGAAAUUUAAGAAAAGUCGCUUAUGAGAGGCUUAACAUUUUACUUCGCCGAAAAAGCGCCAACGAAAGAGUAUAUUUCAACCUAGGAAUGCUAGCAAUGGAUGAGAAGAAUAUAACUUCUGCGGAAAAAUGGUUUCAUAAAGCAGUGCAGAUACGUGAAGAUUUUAGAAGUGCGCUGUUCAAUUUGGCACUCUUACUUUCGGACGCAGGUCGUCCGAUGGAAGCCAUCCCUUUUCUUCGCAGACUUCUGCUGCAUCAUCCAGAUCAUCUGAAGGGGCUAGUUUUAUUAGGAGAUAUUAACAUAAACACCGUUCGAGAUUUGGAUGCAGCUCAAGAAUGUUAUGAGAAAAUACUAGACCAAGAUCCUAACCAUGUUCAAGCACAGCACAACUUGUGUGUGAUAUUUGUUGAGAGGGAUAGAUUAGACAAAGCAGAAGAAUGCUUGGAGAGAGCUUCAGUUAUAGCACCCAAUGAACGCUAUGUAAUAGAUCACCUCGAGAUAGUUCGAGCGAGACGAAAACUUAUUGGUUCUAUGCAAUCUUCUCAAUCAAUACCUCAUAGCAUGAGAUAACAUAUUUUAUUAAAUUAAAGAAUAUACAGUUUAUUUAAAAGAAAUAUUAUUAUCUUCUUUGCAUUUACUAUCUACAAUUGUAUAAUUCAACGCCAGAGAUGCCGAAAUAAUUAAAAAAAAAUGGUAAAUUACCACAAAAUAAAAUUUGAAAAUAUUUGACUAUUUUUGCUUGCUUUUGCUAAAGUGGUGAAUUAUAUAAGCCUAAUUAUUUAGAAAUAGUGGUGGAAAAAAGCCUACUAAAUUGAAUUUAUUAAACCAAGAAUCACAAUUGAUAAACUAUCACUUUAAAAUAUAUAUUUACUGUCCGGAGAACGUUGGCAUCUCUGCAACUGAUGAGAGAUGGUUAAACGAAUGUUACCAAGUCACAGGUGAUUUUUUCAUUUGCACUUUUCAGAGAGUAUUAAAAUUAUUUUAUAUUUUCAUCAAAUAUUUGAUCUAUAGUAU